AAGGAUCCUUUAUUACUGCAACAACAGUUAAAAAUCUAAUUUUUAUAGUUCAAGAGAGAGAAAAAUCAAAUAUUUGUGAGCUAUAUUACAAGAUCAUCAAUGGCGAAAGAGACAGUGUGUGUGACCGGAGCUAAUGGUUUCAUCGGAUCUUGGAUAGUCCGAACGUUGAUUGAGAAAGGUUAUACCAAAAUCCACGCUUCGAUAUACCCAGGAUCCGACCCGACUCAUCUCCUGAAACUACCCGGAUCCGAUUCCAAGAUCGAGAUCUUCGAAGCGGAUCUCUUAGACUCUAACCCUAAUUGGCCGGAGAGAGUUCCCGUUGAUGAGUCCUCGUGGACCGAUCUCGAUUUUUGCAAGUCGAUGCAGAAAUGGUAUCCAGUUUCGAAAACAUUAGCUGAGAAAGCAGCUUGGGAAUUUUCAGAGAAGCACGGGACCAACAUUGUGACGAUCCACCCAUCAACAUGUCUCGGACCACUUCUGCAACCGAACCUAAACGCAAGCUGUGCCGUUUUGCUACAGCUUUUACAAGGCUCGACCGAGACGCAAGAGCAUUACUGGCUCGGUGUGGUGCAUGUGAGAGAUGUGGCUAAAGGUCAAGUGAUGCUGUUCGAAAAACCUGAAGCUUCUGGUCGGUUUCUAUGCACUAAUGGGAUUUAUCAGUUCAGUGAGUUUGCUGCUCUCGUGUCCAAGCUCUUUCCUGAGUUUUCUAUUCACAAGUUUGAUAAAGAGACUCAACCCGGGCUUACGUCUUGUCAUGACGCGGCUAAGAGAUUGAUUGAGCUCGGGCUGGUUUUUACUGAUGUGGAAGAUGCGGUUAAGGAGACAGUCCAGAGUCUUAGAGAGAAAGGCUUCCUCUGAGAAUGUACUAGUUAUCUUUGCAAAUUUCAAACUCUUAAGACCUUUAUUGUAUAAUACAAGUAGAGGAUCUAAGAAGUACUAUAACAUAUAUGAAUACAAGUAAUUAUUAUUAUCA